AUGGCUACCACAGUGGACAAGAUCAAAGAGAUUGAGGCCGAAAUGGCCAGGACCCAGAAGAACAAGGCGACGUCGUUUCAUCUGGGUCAGCUCAAGGCCAAGUUGGCCAAACUCAAGCGCGAGCUGUUGACCCCCAGUGGCGGAGGCGGUGGAGGCGGCGCUGGAUUCGAUGUGGCCAGGACAGGUGUCGCCAGUAUCGGCUUCAUUGGGUUCCCCUCUGUGGGAAAGAGUACGCUCAUGAGUCGACUGACGGGCCAACACUCGGAGGCGGCCGCGUACGAGUUCACCACCCUGACAUCGGUGCCCGGACAGGUCGUCUAUAACGGCGCCCCCUUGCAGAUUAUCGACCUUCCCGGAAUUAUCGAGGGUGCCAAGGACGGUCGAGGUCGAGGUCGCCAGGUCAUCGCCGUCGCCAAGACGUGCCAUUUGAUCUUCAUUGUGCUCGACGUGAACAAGCCCCUGACGGACAAGCGGGUGAUCGAGUCGGAGCUCGAGGGCUUCGGAAUUCGCAUCAACAAGGAGCCACCAAACAUCACCUUCAGGAAGAAGGACAAGGGUGGCCUCAAUAUCACGAGCACCGUGCCCCUGACCCAUAUCGAUCAUGGCGAGAUCAAGGCUGUCAUGAGCGAAUACCGGAUCAACUCUGCAGACAUUACUAUCCGAUGUGACGCCACCGUCGAUGACCUGAUCGACGUUCUCGAGGCCAAGAGUCGAAGUUACAUUCCCGUGGUCUACUGCCUCAACAAGAUCGACUCGAUCAGCAUCGAGGAGCUUGAUCUGCUGUAUCGAAUCCCCAACGCCGUACCCAUCAGCUCCGAGCACGGGUGGAACAUUGACGAGCUGAUGGAGGCCAUGUGGGACAAACUCAACCUUGUUCGGGUGUACACGAAGCCCAAGGGCAAGCAGCCCGAUUACUCGCAGCCCGUUGUUCUCCGAUCCACGCGCUGCACGGUUGAAGACUUUUGUAACGCUAUCCACCGAAGCAUUACGGAAGUUUUCAAAACGGCCAUCGUGUACGGCAAGUCUGUCAAGCAUCAGCCGCAGCGAGUCGGGCUGGGACAUGAGCUGUGUGACGAAGAUGUUGUGACUAUUGUUAAACGAUGAAGAAAACCUUGCGGAGAUGAAGGGGGGCUUCCCCACGGGAACGUCAGAGGCUUCGUGAGCCGGGCAACUUGGACCGCCGCGCUGCAAUCGAUGUGUAGCCAGAGACCAUGCCCGACCACCCACCAGGUUUGGAGCAGCGGGUUGAUUUGGGCUUGACUCGAGUGGCUGAGGGGAACAGAGAGGGGGGAACCACGCGGGUAACGGCAUGGAAUGACGGUUACAACAUGGUCAAUAAGGACAGGGCUGACGCUGCGCUGCACUGCACUGGAUGCGCGGCUACGAGCACGUCUGGCUGGUGCGAAGUCUCGACUUGGGCUCGACCAGGCACGAUAAUGAUCGGCACAAUAGUUUCCGGGGGGAAGACGAGGUGGCGUGCGCACUCGCAGGGCAAGCUGAUGGGGCUGCACCAGGGGAGAUGAAAGAGAGAGAACCAAGUGUUAAUCGGCAGGCGACGAUGAACAAGGGACGCGACAAGAUUAAGAUGAAGAUGGAGACGGAGACGGGGAUUGUUCAGCAGAGAUAUCUCCGGGAUGGUUACCGGAUGGAGCAAGGCAGGCAAGGCAAGGCAGAGCAAAGCAAGUUCGGCGAAGCAAAGCACUUGCGGCGCGCACAUCAAUCAGCAAGAGAAGAGGCAGCCGCGGCAGUUCAUAGUUGACUGUUUGGAGGAUUGCACCACUCGGAACCGCUCUUGGGCAAUUCCGAACAGUCAGUCCAUCCAUCAACAAAAGAGAGAGACACAUUUCCCAGCAGCAAC